GCCCAGGCGUAAUCUGAGAAUUACGGCACUGCCUAUUGACGUCUGCAGUAGGCGUGGUCUCACUCCGUCCGAUAGAGGGAUAUAUUUACCACACACAACUUUUCUCGUACGCCAGCGACUUGCAUUAUUCGAUUAAAUGUGUAUUUGCUGUACACGCUAGUCGCUUAGAUGCCAGCGAGGUGCGGAUCGCGACCGUGGCCAAUUUUCGGCACCCCCGUCAAAUCAAGUGUCACCGAUCAUCACCGAGGUGCAGCUUUGAACAAACGUCACGGGGGUCACGGGGGUGUUUUUUUGACAUAGUGUGGAAGUCGUGCACUUGUGUACUUACGGCUUCGUCCUCCGCUCUAGUGUGUUGGUGUUGGUGUCGAGAAUCGAGACGUGCAACGAGAGCGAGGGACGUUUCACGAAUCCUCUACGUCUCGAAGAGAAGAAACGUCAUUUUUAUUUUUUCCAAGAAACACCCCUUCACUCGAGAUUUUCGACAAUAAUAUCAUAAAUAAUGGCGGGCGUUCCUGUCAUACUCGUCACGGCCAACGUCGGCAGCAUUUUCGAAGAGCCGAGUGUUAUGCUUAAAAUAUGGACUGAAGAAUUUUUAUCCACAAUAUCUCGACUAGAUCCUAAAUUCAUAGCUCUACACUGCCAGGAAGUGGGUGGCAAAAAUUAUGAACAAAGUAUGAGACACGUGGAAGACUUCGUUAGGUUGCUAAUGUCUUCAGAAGAACUGAGGUUAUUUGACAAAGUCCGAGUUUUCCUCGACGAGGAUUUCUCUUCGGCUGAACACUUCACGGCACUAGGGAAUUUCUACUUUGUGCACGACUCUGUGAAAGAUGUAUUAUUGUGGGAUUUUAAAGAGUGUACAUUUAUACCAGUUCAUGGAAAGGAAGUACACUCAGGAAAUAUAGAGGCAGUGACGACCAAAGAAAAAUCAAAGUUCCCUCAGGAUUUUUUUCCAGAAUGCAAAUGGUCCAGGAAAGGAUUCCUGCGGACGAGAUGGAGCAUCAGUGGAACAAUAUUUGAUCUCAUAAAUAUCCAUUUAUUUCAUGACGCUAGUAACUUCAUCGCGAUGGAAACGUUUCCAUCAGUAUACAGUAAGACUCGAAGGAGAGCCCUGGAGCAUACUCUAGACAGGUUUCAUAAUGAUCAGUAUCCAAAUGCGCCCUAUUUUUUAUUCGGGGACUUUAACUUUAGAACCGAUACAUUCGGCGUUAUUAAGAAACUCACAGAAGAUACACAAGAAAGUCAGAUGUCGACUAAAGGAAGCAUUUCGAAGUUGCAAUUCCGAAACAAAGAUGAUGAUCUCAUUUUAACGUUAGGAAAAAAGGAAUUCGCUCAUCACGAGCACCAGAAUCUUUUUAUUGAAAACGGAGGUCAGUGGCUACGAGAAUACGACAAAGAACUUGAAGACUUUAAUGAAAGACUCUUGGAAUUUCCGAUCAAAUUCGUACCAAGUUAUCCUUUUGAAGAAGAUGUUCAGGAGGGAACAAAUUACAUGCAGACGAGAGUACCAGCCUGGUGUGAUCGAGUUUUGUUCAGCCCUGCUGCGAAAUUGCUGGUACAAGAUAUUCAUUCAAAUGCAUUCGAGUAUGGAAUAAUAGGUCCCACAACAUGCAUGGGUGAUCACAAGCCAGUCUACCUGAGGGUUUUGCUCGCCUCCGAUGCAGGUAUGAUUAACUGCUGCAACUUGCCACAAGCUCCUGAGUUUUGCUUUCGAGUGCCCGACAGUUACUUGGAGUUGUUGUCCAUGUUGCCUGAUUGCCAUAGUUGUGCUAGAGCACGUGCCACCGACCGUUCGUCUAAUCUCUUGCACGCAGCACCCAUUAAGCAUGAUCCUUACACUCCAGAUAGUAUGGACAGUCCAAGUCCAAAUGCGCUAGUAGCUAUCAACGAAACCUGCGAUCUAGAUUUAGAACCAGGAACCCUAGGACACGUGGAACCAAAUUCAAGAUUUUUCAAGAGGAUCGAUCGAGCAGUUUCACCAGCUCUACUCAAAUCAAAACUAGAGCUGAUCGUUAAGAACAAAACACAAGAGUCCCAUGAUUCUGACCAGGAAAUUGAGAUUAAAAAAAGUCCGAGUGAAUGUCGGCUUCAUACUUGGCCAGACUCUGAAGAACGACAGUGGGACAUGAGGAAAAACAGAAGCAACAGUGAUGUUUCUUGGCAAAGAUCUCAUCUUCUAACCAGAGCUUGGGUUCAAGGAAAAGGCCAUCAUCAUGGUUAUCAUUCUUUUGGUAACGUUUUUCACAAAUCUACUGGAUGUGAGUCUAAAAAUGAUCCUGGAAGUCCAGCUUGUGAUCUGAUCAUCCCCAGGAUUGCAAUUAUCAAUGCUAGUAAUUUGGAAUCGAAUGAAAGUUCUGUUCAUCUCCAUGAUGAUAGGCUGAGUUGCUACUCUGACAAUCAUUUGAGUACUUAUUCUGAAAACAGAACCAAGACUAUCAGCGGUGAGGGAUCCUUUCAAGAAAAGACUGAGGAUCUUUGCAAUAAAAUUGAAGAGGAGACUAGCGAUAAACUUAGUUUAAAUCCUGAUGAAAAUCUUGAAGACUCUCAGAUUCAUAAAUCUGGAGAAAAAGAGAAUCAGGACGCAUCGAGCGUCGAUAAACGCAAUGAUCAAAGUCUUAAUACUGACAAAACGCUUCCUGAAUUUUUAGGAGCUCUAGAACAAAGUGAGGAAUUGAAGCCAAAAAUGUUGGAGAAGGAAUGUGAUAGAAAUGUGAUAGAGACAAAUUCAGAUACGUAUGCUUGUAACGAGAUCGAGGUUUUAGGUUCAGACGCCAGGCAUGAGAUUAUUGCCUCAAAAACUACAACGAGGAGUAAUUCCACUCAGAGUCAAGAUUCUAAUGAAAAUACGGGGAAUGUUAAAUUGAAAUUGAAGGCUUAUAAUAAGGUAACUGAACGAUGCAAGAGAAAUAUUGCUAAUGAGAAAGGAAAGUGCAGAAAAUGCUGCUGUGUCAUUUCGUAAUGUUCAUUUAGAAUGAACCUCAGGGUUUUGAAACUUUAAUCAUUCAUGGUACAUUUGAAAAUCCUGAGGUGGUUUUUUAUUUAUUUCUCAUACUUCCGAGCUUGCCUUAUCUUCAAUAGGUUCUUUAUUCCUGAUCUUGAUAUUAGUAGAUGAUUUCAAAUUUGGAUUAAAAAUAUUUCAAAUUUAACGUGAGAUAAUUCUCGUAGAGGCCGGAGAAAGUAAUUCCAGAGUUUAGGUAUUAUUUAUUUUUAUGUAAAGCUAGCAAUCAAAUUAAUCUUACUCUGCGUAUUUAAGUAGAUCUCACGGAAUUUCCCGUACGAUUGUAUAGUAUUAAUUAGCUACUUGAAAUGUGCCUUAACUGGUUCCCAUCGAGACCAGUACUGCUAUUAAAAUCCAUUCUGAAAAUCGAAAUAUAUUAUCAUAUUUGGGCUUUUAUUAAUCUAAACUCAUACACGAAAAAAUUCGAUCACUUUUGUGGUACUAUAGGACACUUGAACUCGAGCACAGUAUACAUAGUUUUUGAUAGUUAUAUAAUUUCACAUUCAAAGUUAAAGGACGGCAUUCCAAAAGGGCACAUAGUCACUUUUUGAAAAUGUAAUUAAAUAUUGAUAAAAAAAUCAGAUAUAUUCCAAAACACAUUGUUAAAAAAAGGAGUUUUUAUGAUUUUCUCCAUAAUUUGCAGUUUUCGAUUAUCCUCAGUUUGUUUCUUGAUGCGAAUUCUGCUCUCUCUCUCCCCUAGUUAUGUUGCAUAUAAUUGUGGAAAUCUGUUUUCACUCCGGCAAUUGUCCACAAUAGGUGCUUUCUCCCAAGGUCCGUUGUCGAGGUCAGUACAAAACUUGGAAUCCCCUUCCCUGCAAAGUACUUAUGCAAUUUAUGAAAGAAAAGAAUAAAUUUGUGGAAUUUGUUCCUUCUCUUUAAUUCUGUAAAAUCUAAGCUCUCACUGUUUAGAAAGAAAUUCUUGAAAUCUGGAUCGCUGCACUUAUUCUUAUUGAAAAGCGCUUUCAGCAAGCUUCUUUAGAUUGAUUUAGAUUGAUCAUGUAUUGACAUGUCUUGCUUCUCCCUUUAUCUUUAUUUUUCUUCUUCUUUGCCUUUUUUGUGUGUUUUAUUUUCUCUGCUCUCUUCGCGUUCUUUCUUGUUUUCUUCUGCUGCUUUUUCUCUACCUGUUCCUCCCUUUUUUUCUUCGUUCUGUGUAGAUUUUCUUGUUUUUUCUUUGUUCACAACAUUCUUCAAAUGACUGUUCUUCCUUGUCUUCGCAACAGCGUCGACCUAUCAGAAUCAUGUAUUCAUCAAAGAGUUGAAUGUAAUUCUCGAUUCUUCUUCGAGAUGCUUCUUGUUCUUUAGGUGUCUUUUUUUAACCAGAGGACGAUAGAUAGGUAACCUAUUUCCUUCGUUGACCACUUUUUCAACAAAAACCCGUUUUUAUCGUUUCUGAGAGCAAAUUCGGCAAAGUGAAUUGACUUUGUAUUUAUCUUUGAAACAACUUCAACAUAAUUUCUGAUCUUCUCCAGCAUGUCAUCUGAUAUGCAGAGGCGGUCGAGGCCUGUCUUAACUGCAAACGUCAGGGAUUCUUUCUCUCCUUUUCGUCUUUAACGAAUUCCUCUUCACCGUUAUCGUAGCCCAUGUCAUCGUUGGCCUUGCCAUCAUCGUUAAUAUCGGAAUCCUGGUUAGCUUCUACUGAAGUUGAAGUUCCAGAUUUAUCAUUUGAUGGUGGAUAUACACUCUUAUUAACAGAAUUGCCCUAGCAGUUGUCGAUGAUUGAAUCGCUACUGUCCAUGUUGAAAAUAUUCCUUCCGGCGUUAACAUCGCGCUUCCAUCUGGCAUGGAAUUUUUUAUGACAGAUAUGGAUGGGUCGUCGGAAAGACAGUGCACUGCUUUUUACAGGUGCUGCAAAUUUGCGUCGUAUACCACACCGGUGUGUUAACAGUUUUAAACUUGUCCUCUCCGUAAAACUUGAAACGUUCUUUGAGGCGACGUUCAGUGAGGCGAACUCGAGUCCGGACGUGGCCUUGUACCCAGAACGUCCUUCAUUAUAAAGACCCGGUGGAUUUCCCUUUCCACUUGAUCUUCUUGUUCUACUUAAGCCAUGCCACUGAUGGUUUCACAUACACGUUCUGCUUCCACUGGGGCAUUUUAGAGUUUAGACGAUACUCAGUGAUGACACGGAAAUUUCUAGGAUCAUUAGUAUUGGUGUUUUUAAAGCGUUCCUGACUUAGGAUCUCACGCUCCUUGUCAACCGCUUCCGUUUUUGUAUGUUAGAUUCCUCGUCCUGUAGCCUCGCUUCCCGGGUCUAAACCUUCGAAUCUUGGUUACUUGUGUUUCAGCCGGCCUCCCUUCAGUAAACUUCUUUCUCACUCUUGAGCUCUUGGAAUCUCUGGGCUGUCAAAAAAGGGGACACAUCAAUCCCUUUGGUUGAAAAACAUCGUGGUCCAUCUUUCAUUUUGCCACGCUUGAACUUUUCGUUUUCUAGAAUCUUCUCAUCAGUUCUUUUCCUCGAACCGAAGUCUCCAUACUGUGCAGUUGUCUGUUAUCGUCAGUCUAUUCCUUGGUGCGAUUUCUUGCUCCUCCUCUCUGCUUACGUUACAUGUAGUUGUAAAGAUCUGUCUCCACUUCUGUGUUUCCGAAAAGCAAGUGCUUCUUCCCAAUAUCCUUUAUCGGAGGGACUACAAAAUUCCGUAUUCCCUUUUCCACAGAAUACCUCUGUAUUCGCACUAAGAAAAGUAUAAGUUUGUGGCAUUUGUUCCUUUUUCAUUUCUGUCAAAUCGUAUGCCUCCUCUUCUACCGACGAAUUCUGGAAGUCUGGAUCGCUGAACUUAUUCUCCUUGAAAAGAGCGUUCAUCGUUUCCUUUUCCUGGUCCUCUUUCCAACCGUUCCUCAAAUGUAUCUGCAGUUUCUUCUUUUUUUUUGUCCUUCCUAGUUUUUUGCCUUCAUUUUCUUUUUUUCCUUCGUCGUUUUUUUUUUGGAGAGACAUUCUUAAUACCAGAAGUGCCCACAACAGCUUCGUCCUUUUCAGCAGCAUCCACAGUAGUAGCAGCUAUGGUAGCAGCAGCAGCCGAUGAUGGAAUCGUCAGUGGUAGAGCAUAUCCAUAUGAGAUUUGUUUUCAAUUCUUCUUGUAGGCCAUACUUACUUCGUUGGUCUUUUGUUGCUACUUUUUUCUGCGUGUUUCCUCUUCGAUUUCUUAUCAUGCUCGAUCCUGGUAAGUUUCUUGAAGGGCUUUUUAACCCAUUGCUUCCAUUGUUUCACGAAUUUUGGCGACACUUGUGGCGAUUCGUUCUCACGUUAUUCAGCGAGAGUUUUUUUAUUUUUAAAUGAGAUGAUAUGCGAAACACGUUUUGUAACUGGCAGAGAGACCUGCACCCCAAAAGGAACUUAGAGCAAUAGUAUAUUAUUUACCUAGGAGUAAAACAGUCUCCUUUAUCCCAGUGUGAGUUUUGCAAACACGCGUUGAUAAAAAGACGUUUAACUCCUUGUCAUUUUAUGUAACAAAGGUAUGACUUACAAAUGAAUCUCUUCUGGCAUUUGUGGCUAGGUUGACGCGUUCCAUAAUCCUACAUAGACGACAGCUAAGGUACAUAUGCGGAAAACUAGCAUACAUAGCAUUAUGUUAUAGUAUUUUUCAAUAAAAUUUGUCAACCCUCAAUUCAGCACUGCAAUCUAUCGGAGGUAAGUUUUUGUUUCUAAUCUGAAAAUUUGAGUUAUGGGAACAUUUUUUUCUCUGUUGAAAAAUAAUAAACAUGGUCUUUAUGCCCUUUUGGAAUGCAUCCGUUCAGUUAUUGCCACCAUUCAAUUGACAUAUUUUAUCUAUUCUGCUUUUCUUCUCAUCUACAUACAUCCGGUGAAAUGACUGUGAAUGUGAAAAAUUGUAAAUAUUUAGAAAUAUAUUGUAAAGUAAAGAAUAGUCGAGAGAUAAUACAACUUUUUUUAUUAUAUUCUAUAGUAAAAUUUAUAAAAGAUUUACAAAUGCAACAAAAAUUGUUUCAACCUUUUUGAAUCCUUAUUAAAAGAAAAAAGCUCUAGGAUCUAAUUCGAAUGCUAACUUUACUGCUGUGUAUCGUUUACUCGUAUUCUUGUUGUAGCUCUUUAAAUAAAAAUAAAUUUCCAAAGGUAGAAUUUAUCAUCUACAAAGAAAUGUUGAUAAAAUUAUUAAUUUUUAUCGCGGAAUGUUGCUUUGAAUUGUGCACCACAGGACGUAAUUCAAAUUUGGUGAAAAUUAAAUUUGUAGAGAAGGGUUAGGGAAUGCAAAGAACGGUACUCAGUAUUCAGUGUAUGAUUUAGUAAUUUGCCCUCUAGUUGAUUGAAUGUAAAGAUGAUUGUUCAAGAAAAAUUUAAGGUGUCAAUUUGUUUGGCAAUCCAUAUUAAAAUUAUGCACAUUUUUUAUCUUUAAUAUAUUUUGAUACGGUUUUGAUUUUAUAUUCAAAUUGAAAAUUAUGUUGUUUAAAUUUCAAAAGCUCCCAAAUUUUUCCUUGAAAAAAAACGGACAUCUUGCAUUUUUAAACAGUGUUUGAGCACUUGUAAUUUAACAUGCUUAUGUCAUCUACAAAAAUACUUUGUUUUUUUAGCAAGUGCAUGCUUUUGAGUUUGAUUUUGUUUUAUUAAUCUUGCAACCAACCUUAAAUCGAUGAAUAUAAUAAAUGACAUUAGGUAAAAACAUUCUAAUCAGAAAAUUUUGAAAUUUUACGAAAAUGUUAUCGCUCUCCUCUCAGCGAACAAAAAAUGUAAUUUAUAUCUACGAGUCUUAUCAAAUUGCUCACAUUAUACAAUUACUCAACAACCUACCUCCUAAAUAAGUAAUUAACUGUUAUCAUUAUUUCGUCAAAUGAUAAAAAGAUUACGAUAUCGUUGCGAAUCUGUAGUUAAGUUUGUAAUUAAAUUCAGUGAUUGCAAAUAUUUAAUAAAAUAUUUAAUUGCACGUUUCGUCACUAGAAAGUAUAUGUGAAGAUUGUUUAUUGGCAUAUCAGUUUAAAUCUGUAAAUAUAAACAUCUAUUUUUCAGAUAUUUUGCUUUUUUAUUUGUAACCUUAUUUUCUUUUCGAUUUCGAUAUGUUUAUUUUAAUUUUGCAUUUACUUCAAAUGUAAACUUUUUAAAAAGUAGUUUAAGGUGUAUUUAAAAAAAUCACUAACAGUCCGUCGUCAAUAUUCGUGUAAAGAAUGCAUUCCUAAUAAUUUUGUUGUAUCAGGUAAUUAUUUAUUUUCGCUUUUACAUUUUCAAUAGGCUAACUUCUUUGUGUAAAUAAAUCCAAAACACGUUUUGCAUGCAUGCUUGCACUUGAAUUAUUAGAUAUUUAUAUAGUUUAGAUGUUUUAGAUCAAAGGAACAGGCCAAAAAAGUGAGAAUAUUUUAAAUUUAUAUUUGUUAAGCCUCAAUUUACAUAAAAAUCUAUUAAAUUUCUGGAGUCAUUUUGAUCCUUUAAAUCUGAAAUGUCAUAUAAUUGAAAAUAUUAAAAACGAAUCUGUAUUAUCAUCAGAGAUUAUCUCAUCUGUGGUUCGAUUCCCAGUG